GCAGGUUGAGAUGCAUUUGUACUUGUGAGGGCUUAGUUUUGCAUGUGAAUGAAAUUUACUGACACCUGACACGCUGCCUUCCCCCAAUUUUUUCAAUCUUUCACUCCCUCCUUAACUGGAAAACAUUCCACAUUCUUAGCAGCGAAACAUAUUCCUAACAACUCCUUUCCUUUUAAAAUAUUUCUAGCGCUUCAUAUUGCUAUUGAUCGAAACCUUUCCCAGCCAUAAUCUCCUUCCCUUGGAGAAACUUCCCCUGCCGAGCAUCGGCGAUCCACACCCAAAUCUCGCGCCUCUUCCUGCACCGCGUACUCCACUCCGCUCAACGAACUAAUUCACAACUCCAACCUCCUAUUAUUUGAGCGUCCGUGCAGCAGCUAGGUGAGAGAGCGCUUGUGGCACUCACAGGCCUGCCUGUCUCCCUCCCAACCUUACUCUGAUCGACCCCUCCCUCCCCCCCCCGGACAUUCCUUGCAGGUAUCGUCGCCCAACAUUGAACAGACCGAGGAUUUCAGCGUGUCGCCCUUGAUUUAUUUAACAGUGGUCAUCCAGACAGACCGUGCAUCCAACUCUCUACGAAGCCUUGUUGGAAACGACUUUAGAGUUGCGUGAACAGGUCAUUCAUUACCAUAUUCUCAACGACACUAGGUUUAGUCUAGGUUUUUAAUCUACGGCGGAGCAUUUCUACGGUUCGGCGUUACACUACAGCCUCCUGUCUGUCAUGUCUGACAACCCUUCGAUUCUCCGCCCCCGUCCACGACGGGUGUUCGAUCUCACUCCAGCCUCUACUGAGUCAUCUGAACCCUCGAGCCCUGCGGAACCCGCCAACACAGACCUUUUGAGCCCUCGGGAUGCUGGGUCCACCAGCGUCAGUCGGAAUGGUUCGAUCAUGAACUUGACAGCCCCGACACUCUACGGCAUCUAUGCCCCAACAGCAUUCGAGGGAUCCCGGGAUGAAUCCAGUCCAUGGGGAACGGAAGCUCAAACGCCAGCCGUCGAAAAGCCAAAUCCCCUAACAGUGCCGGAAAAGUCAGAUCGAUUCACCCUUAAGCGAACCCGGUCUCGACUAAGCCACGGGCUAUUCCUUGGUGUGAUACUGCCUCAAGCACUGAAGGUUGCGUUGUUAUUUUGCUUUGGGAUUGUCUACGGGAUCAUCACAAUCCACUUGCACGAGAACCAUUGGAUUACGCCGGUGAAGUUGGAGAACACUCACUACUAUGGGUCGUUGGAAUACCUAGGAUUCUGGGGUGUGGCCGGAGUCGUUUUGGGAAAUGUGCUUCCUGGGCUAGACCUUUUCUCGGAAGACUUAACGGUUGAUAAUGCAAAGCAACUGAGUCGGUCGAACAGCGACGAAGAGAGUGAGGAACGUACCCUCUCAUGGGUUGCAGCGGUUCGGAGUGUUGGUGCCUUUGUCGGAGUAGCAUUUGCCAUGCGGAGAACACCCUGGCAAUCAACUACUCAAGCAUCGGCGACGCUCGCCCUCGCAAACCCCGUGUUAUGGUAUCUCAUCGACCGCACUAGGACGGGCUUCUUCAUGUCUACCAUCAUUGGAGUAGGUGGAAUGGGUAUUAUAUUGGCACUUCGGCCGGACUUGGUGCCGUCUUCCACAGGGGCAUCGGCAAGUGCGAUUCCCGCGCUGAACGAUACUCUGCGGGAAUAUGGAUUGGGUACGGGUAUCACACAAGAGAGCCUUGCGGUCAGGACUUGGGUUGCGAGUGUUUUGUUUUGCGCGUGCGUUUGCUUUGGCAAUAUUGGUCGUCAACUUGCCAUUUUUGCACGCAGAGAAUCCAUACAAGCAUGAAUCAGGCACGACUAGCAUUGAGACUUUCCAUCUACUCUUUUCGGUGACCCCACUCAUUCGAGUAAUUGCAGAUUUUUUACUUUCUUUUUUUCCCCUUCAUAUUUUCCCUCCAAUGACUCUGGGAUUGAUUUAUUGCCAUGUUACUCGGGUUCGGGAGUAAACUUUGCUUGAAUAGACACCAGCGUGGUCAUUGACAGAAGGCCAUGGCGAUGAGACUAUUACGAUAUUGGCACGCCGUCUCUAGCGUAUUUGCAAGUACAGAGUAAGCCUACUACCGGUGGCUAUGAUAAGCAUUCUAUGAUCGGUUCCAACAAGAAGAGAGUAAAAAAAAGGAGUGUAGAAUCAAUCAUUGCAAUCUCUUCCACUGGACUCAGAAAGUCCUAGAAGACACUGCACCCAAGAUCGACACCCUGCGGUUUGCAGUUGGUCUCCAUUCUUUAUGACGAUUUCCGUACUUCAUAGGCAUCACCCCUAUAAGGGGAUAUCCUCAUAGGAACGCUUUUGAAAGAAUGUUAUUUUGCGUUGUUCAUGAAGAAGAAAAAAGAAAAGGGAAGGAAAUUGCGGUCAUGUCGAGCGCAGUUUUGUACCUUUCCCUUGUGGUGGCCCGUGCUCUGUAUCAUGUGAUGUACGCGGGAGUCACGUCCUGAUCAUAUAAGCAGACCGCAGCUUACAUAAUUUAUAUCAUGCAUUGACGUGACCCACUCAUCCGCUAGGUAGUUAGUUA